CGGAAGUGAGCGACCGUGCCGUCACUGAACAGGUUCUGCACGGCCAGCAAAAAUAAUAAUGCUGUUAAACAGGUAUUUGUUCAUCUUCCGUCUUUAACAGACGAAGUCGUGGUCAUGGCUCAGAAGGAAGUAAAGGAGGCGUUUGUGAGUAAUCUCAACGGGACCAGUUUGGGAGAGGUGACUCUUGGAUCGUUUCUCGCUCCAGUUUGUGUCAUCCACCGAGCGUUCAUCUUAGUCCUCUACUACCAGGCCAAAGGGACUCUACCGCUACCACUUCCGCUGAUUUCCCACCUGCUCCUUGAUUUUUCUCUGCUCGUCCUUCCCCUCGUACUGUCGUGCACAAUUCUCAGCGAUGUUCUUCUGCAGGUCAUCGUGUGCCUAACUUUUAUUUCAGCUUGCGUGCUCUGCUGCAUCUGCCGUGGCAGCUUCCAAUCCUCUGCUCUGCGGCCCCGGAAGAUGGUCAGCAACUUUCUUCAGUGCAGCGUUCAGUUCCACCAGGUCCCCUUCGUGACUCUCUUCAGAGUAUUCGUAAACGUGAAAACAGCCAUCAGCAUCCUCGCCGUCGACUUCAGCGUCUUUCCGAGGCGAUAUGCGAAGACGGAGACCUACGGGACAGGAGUUAUGGACUUUGGAGUCGGGGCGUUUGUUUUCGCAAACGCGCUUGUCAGCCCUGAGGCACGGAGGAGGAAGGUCACGGGAUCCAAGGUGAGCCAUGUCACGAAGCAGAUUCUGUCUGUCUGGCCUCUGCUUGCUCUCGGUGUGGCGCGGCUGGCGAGUGUCAAAAUGACCAGCUACCACGAGCACGUGACGGAAUAUGGCAUCCACUGGAACUUCUUUUUCACGCUGGCCAUCGUCAGAGUUCUAGCUUCUCUUCUUUUGGUUGUUGUACCAGUUGGACAGUCGUGGCUCUUUGCCCUUCUGAUCAGUGGGUGUCAUCAGUUCGCCCUGGAAACAUCUGAACUAAAGACCUUCCUGAUGCACAAUAGGGACAGAGGAAAGGAUUUUGUGCAUGCUAACAAGGAGGGCAUAUUCUCCAUAGCCGGCUAUGUUGCCAUCUAUCUAGCAGGAGUUCAGGUCGGACUCUACGUGAUGCAACAAAGACAUCAAGUAAAAGAUUGCCUCAAGAUGCUUUUCACCCUCUCCCUAGGAAGUUUGCUGUUGUACGGCGCUUUGUUCGCAUGUCAGGCACUCGUGGAGCCGGUCUCUCGCCGCUCGGCGAAUUUGCCCUUCGUCGUCUGGAGCGUUGCUCAGUCGCUGUUUUUCAUGUCCUGCCUAGGUCUGGCCGACAUGGUCAUCCUGUUCUCCAAAAGAGCGUCCGCGUGCCAUUUUCUACCAUCGUCCAUGAACUUUCUGGAGAAGAAGACGGAUUCUCGGCUUUCCGGAAGAGGAGUUGAAGUGGAGGGACUCUGCCUCAUCCAGGCCGUCAGCAGGAAUCAGCUGGUGUUUUUUCUGCUCUCCAACGUCAUGACCGGAGCGACCAACUCUUUGGUGGACACGCUCAGCUGUAGCAGCUCAUUGUCGGUGUGUGUUUUACUGUCAUACAUGCUUGUGAACUGCCUUGUUAUAUAUAUUUUGCAUGUCUGUGAAAUUACAGUGAAAUUCUGGUAAUGUUUGUAAGCACACCAUUGUGCUUGGGUUUGUUUUUCACAGUUUAUUUGAAGCUUGAGUUACUCGCACUGAAAUUCAGAACAAUGGCAAAUAAUGAACAUGGAAGAAAAUGUUAUCUGCAUGGAGUUAGUUUUCAGUGUGUGCCUGUUUAAGUGUUUUGUGUUUGUAUAUUUGGGGGACUUGCAAAAAUAAAGCCUCGUGAGAAAAAGAACUCUGAACCGAAAUGGACCUGAAAUGUAACAAUAACUGAAGCUUGGGAUAUUUUCAUACCUAACCCAGCUUUAAAUAUCUCCAAAACUGAUUUGCAUGUCUGGUGUGUUCCUUGGUCUCCAUAAAGCUGUUUGUUUACUAAUAUUUUAACAAAUGUCUGUAUUUACAUUGAAAAUACAUUUUUGUUCAGGUGGAGUCUUUUUGCUUAUCAGCUGGCUUCAGAGGGCAAUAGUAACACUUUAUUUAGGGGUAUCAAAAUCAAGAGUGGUAAACACUUCUCAUGUUUUCUCUCUAAAUAUUUUUUGGAAACUAUAAUUUUCUUUCUGUUUUGACAUUUUCCACUACUCUGGAGGAAGAAAGAGGCCCUGAAAACUUAAACUGAAGAUUUUGGUAAUAAUGUGACAAAAUGUAGAAAAUGUCCAGUGAGAAUGUGCCUAUGAAAGCCUGUAAAAUGUCUUGGGUUAAAAUUGCUCAUAGAUUUAUAAUUUGCAUUUUAUUGGCCAUUUUUGAUAUAUAUACAAUUAAACACUGCA